CUUUCAGUUCUAUUUGAGACAUUUACUUAAGUGGACAAAAAUAAUUUAAACCGCAAUAGUUUCUUACACAAAUAGUUAUAUAGAUAUUAAUUAGUUAAUUUGAAGUGGCAACAUAACGUAAAAGUUAUUAAAUAAUUAUGUCAUCUGCACCUGCCACACCUGCUGCCGCAAACAAUAAAGAUGACGAGAUUCAAGUUCCAAAAUCUGAUGAUUUCUUUGAGUCAAAAACGUUUCGUCUGCUAACGUUAUUCAUCUACAUGGGUGGUGUGGGUGGUCUUGGUAUGACACUCGCUAUGUAUUACUUAUUCAUUUGGGACUCGCGUAUGCCGCCAUUACCAGAAUAUAAGCAUACACAUCAUAUUGGUUAAGGAACGUGUUGAUAUAUCUUUCAUUCUAUAAUUUCUAUGUAAUG